CCGAGAUGAACAGUUGACGCUCAGCAUUAAACGUUCGUGGUCUGAGCCGCGAGUAAAGUUGCAUAAAAGGGGGCAAAAGAUUAUAGAAAGAAAUUGGAAGAAGUUCAUGUCAUCAAAUUAUUCAAGGAGAAAGUCGACCUUCUCAACAAUACAGGCCUUCGCAGGAAGGUAAUAGAACAUAAAGGAUGACUUCUUUAAACGUCACGCUCUCCUUGCGUUACGCCCCAUUUCUACGACAUCCGUGUGAAUGAUAAGAAAAUGCCCAGAAUUUCAGAUGUGCACCGUGACAGUUACACUGACUCGAUCUUGAGUCUGAGUGAAGGACUGAUUAUCUUAUUUGUGGCAUCGAGUGUUCUUGUCCUUGGUGCCCUUUGUAAAUAUCUCGGGAAAUUAUGCCGUAAGCUUUGGAAAAAACCGCGAUGGAAGAGGAAAUCAAAAAAGAGACAUUCAAAACGCGCAGAACAAAGGAAAGGAAGCGCGCCUGUCAAACGCUCCGGAUCCUUUAGAUCAGGAGAGGGCGUAGUUAUGUCACCGCAGUUUACUAUUCCAUCGUCCCGCAGCUGUAUGAUACAGCAGCCAUACCCAGAUCUCUCACAAGGCAGGACUGGAAAGACUACUGCGGAUAAACGCCUCUCGUUGGUAUCUUUUUAUCUCAAAGAAAAAGAAAUUGGCAAACUGAAUCCUCAAUUGUACCAGAACUAUGAGAGAACGGUGCGGAUAGGCAUGGACAAAGAACUUGGGCAACUAAAUCUAAUCCUCAAAUACAAAGGGAAAACCAGAAACCUCUCUGUUACGCUUGUCAACGGUAAAGACUUUCCACCGCGUGACUUCUCUGGUACUAUCGACACUUGCGUGACAGUUUGUGUACUCCCACACCGUGAACGACGGAAGCGAACUGCAAUUCAUAGGCGAUCUAUGAACCCUCAGUACAACGAAAAUUUUGUUUUCAAUAUUCAACUUGGUGAAGACACUCAUGCACAUAGCCUUCUUCUUAUCACGUACUUUUACGAUAGUUUUUCGCACGCCCAUGUUUUAGGGCAGUGUUACGUGCCUCUCAUAUAUUGUGACUUUUCAAGUGAAACCAUUGUUUGGUGCUAUCUAGACCAUCCUUAUGGUUCGUACACCACCUUAGUGGGGGCAUUACAGAGUCUUGUGACUUCAGAGUGUGGUGAUCUGCUGCUGUCUUUGUGUUACGUCUCCAAGAGCCAGACUCUCACGGUUGCCAUAAUGAAGGGUAUGAACCUAGCAGAAGGACGGCUGUCUUCUGUUGAGAAGCUAUACACAAAAGCAACUCUACUUCACGAUAAUCAAAAAAUUGGUAAGAGGAAAACGAGUUUGCAGGAAAUCGGUGAUAUUUACACGGUUUUUAACGAAGCUCUGUUGUUCCGUAUCCCUGGAGAGAAGCUUAUCAGUUGCACAUUGAAAAUCUCUGUCAAUCAUUACAACGUUAUGGGUAAAAGUUCCAGUCUUGGCGAAGUCACCUUCAGCGCAGAGUCGACUGGACUCGAAGAUGCGCAUUGGUCAAGCGUGACCACAAAACGCGACAAACCGGUUACGAUGUGGCACACCCUUCGAGGAUUCAAAUUUAUGGAGACUUCCAGAGAGGAAAGAGAGCCUCUCUCGCCGAAUUAAACAACAGAGAAAAGAUAUUUAAGUUAGCUCGAUUUUUGAUCUCACUUCCAGUGGAAAAAUUGUUUACUAAAAGCAGUUUAGAGUCUGCAUAUGGCUGAAAACUUUCAAGUAAUGGAAAUGAUAUUGUACCAUUAAAUCAUGAAACAACUACUUGUUCAGAAACUGAUAUAGAUCUCAUUGUGUAAAAGCUUCGUAGGACAGAAAGAGAAGAUUUCGCCAGAUUAUAGGGUCCUUAUUAUAUAGGCGGAAAUAAUUAUUUCGAACGAGGAAUCUACUUCAGGUGUUAAAGCAAUUUUAACCUAGUAUCAUCGUUAAAAAAUAUGUUAUAAAAAAGUUAGAAGAAAAUACGAAGGGGCCGUGGAUUAGAAGUUGUUUAUGAAAUGCAAAAUUAUGUUUUCAAAGGAUCAUGCUAGACUUUCAUAGGAAUCCCUUCUGUUACACAACUUCAACUCGCGGAUGUUUUCAAAGGGCGAUUCACCUAAAUACAUCAACCUAGCUCAGCACUGAAAAAGCUGAUUUUGAUAUAAUGCACUCUGACGCAUUGCUUUGAGUCAAGUUGAGAUUAAAAAAAAAUAGACUCGUUCUGUCAAAGGGAGGACUACAGUUUUGAUGAGGAGGUAAUAGCCUAGUCUGAAAAUAGAAUUGAGCUUUCGCAUGUGAUGUACGCUGCAUGUAGAAUAAACAAAAAAUCAGCUUCA